AUGCAGUCUGCGUGUGGCCCAGAUAAGGUGCUGCAAAACCAGCUCUUAGAGGACCCAGCAUUUCCCACCCACCAGACCCAGCACCUAAGGACCAGUACCUCCAACUACCAGGCCCAGAACCUCAGGCAUGCAGCACCUCCCACCUACCAGGCCAGGCGCCUAAAGGAUCCAGCUUCUCCAAAAUGGACCCAGAACAACACCUCCGGUCGGCAACGUCGAAGCACCGAUAUAAAAUGUGUGAGCGGAAAGGAUCGGCGACCGGCGGGAACCCCUGCAGAUUCCUGGGCCUGGGGCGGCAGAGCCCGGCAGCCACUUACAGGCAAACUUUGGCGCGGGGUCAGAUAUCUACCCAAGCCGAAGCCCCCUUAUGGCCGCCAGCCUGGAAUCGUAGACCACAGAAGCAAUAUCUACCCAAGGCCGAAACCCCAGCCUCACCCACAGCCUGGGAAUUCUGAUCACAGUGGAGGUUACUAUAGCAACGGGGAUGAUGGACACCACCCAACCAGGCCAAGGCCUCCUGCAGGCGGAGGUGGCCGCAGCACCAGCGGCGCGGGCGGCGGCUGGACGCAGACUGUAGAGACGGACAGCGGACCUUGUGGGUUGCCACAAGGCAAGACGGUGGAGGUCGUGAUCCCCAUCGUGUCUGUGGCGGUGGUGACCUUGGUGGGGGCCGGGGUCAGCUACUUCAAGUCCGACCGGAGGAGAAAUUACUUUUGGGCCGGUGAACCAGAGACGAUCUGA